UCUGGUUGGAUUCUCACAGAUGUGUCUGUGGUUGACGCAGCAGCAGUACCGACACUACUUUCUCCUCCUCCUCAGUUUUUUGCCGCAGCCUGGAUUCGAGCAGAAACCCCGGUGAAAGCAGCAGCCGACGUUGAUGGACCUCCGUCUGCACCGCUGAAAACUGUGUCGCUGCUGCGGGGAAACAUCAGCUGAAGCUCGACAGACUGAACAGGUGAAUCUGAAGUCGUCCAGACCAGUUCAUCUGUUUGGUUCUGACCAGGUGGAUUUGGUUCUACAAAUGGAUAAUGGAGCCUGGGGCCAUAGGAUGACCACUCCUGUCACCCUGAAUGUGGGAGGCCACCUGUACACCACCAGUCUGUCCACCCUGCAGCGCUAUCCAGACUCCAUGCUGGGGGCCAUGUUCAGGGGAGACUUCCCCACCACCCGGGAUUCCCAGGGAAAUUAUUUCAUCGACCGCGAUGGGACUCUUUUCCGGUACAUCCUGAACUUCCUGCGCACGUCCGAGCUCACCCUCCCCAUGGACUUCACGGAGACGGACCUCCUGAGAAAAGAGGCAGACUUCUAUCAGAUCCAACCUUUGAUCCAGUGCCUGAACGACCCCAAGCCUUUGUACCCCCCCGACAUAUUUGAGCAGGUGGUGGAGCUCUCCAGUACACGGAAACUGUCCAAAUACUCCAACCCGGUGGCGGUGAUUAUCACGCAGCUGACCAUCACCACAAAAGUGCACGCCCUGCUGGAAGGCAUUUCCAACAACUUCACCAAGUGGAACAAACACAUGAUGGACACCAGAGACUGCCAGGUGUCCUUCACCUUUGGACCAUGUGACUACCAUCAGGAGGUGUCCCUCAGGGUUCACCUCAUGGACUACAUCAUGAAGCAGGGCUUCACCAUCAGGAACACUCGUGUGCAUCACAUGAGCGAGCGUGCGAACGAGAACACGGUGGAGCACCACUGGACGUUCUGUCGACCAGCUCACAAAGUUGAAGAUUGACGUCGUGCAUCAUAUUAGUAUAAAUGUUUUUAGACUUUUUUACAUCAGUGAUGUCGUGUUCAGUGUCUGAUACUUUCAACUACUUAUUUCACUAUGUUUCAUUUGUGAAACCUUUAGCGUCCCGGCUAAUGUGGUUUCUCUGUAAUCAGCUCUGCUCUCAGUGGUUUGGUUCAUUACUCUCUAAAUGAAAGCGACCUUUGUCCCAGACAUCACCGUCCACUCUGAGCAGCGAGGACAAACACACAAUUAAUUCAAGAGUUUCAACAGCGUUAUCACCAUCUCACUGUUGUAUUCCACCACAAACUCAACUCCAAUAAUGUCCAUGAAAAAAUAUUUUAUUCAUAGCUUUUAACUAUUUUAAUGUUUUUAUUUUAUUUUUUUAUUUACUACAAAACAUUUUAAUAAAGUGAAACGUUAUUAUUAAUUCUUACCUUUGAAGUGUAGAUAAUUG